AUGUCUUUUGGCAACGCAAGUGCAGGAGAACUACUGUCUGAUACAAAUAUGAGUCAAGGGACGAAUUCUAGCGCCAAACAGGAAGUGUUUGGGGGAUCUGUUUGUGCUCAAGGUUUCUACUGGCCGAUCCACGCACCCUUGAUUUUGAUUCUCAUAUCUAUUUUGGCUGCCAACUGUGUUGUUAUCGUCUUGACGAUCUGGAAAGAAACUUUACGGACAGUGAGUAAUAUGUUCCUGUUUUCCUUGACUCUGUCUGAUCUAUUGUUUGGUUUAAUCGGAAUUCCUGUCUUCAUGUCCUGUACAGUCACCACCUCCCUUUUACAGUGUACGCUAUCCGUGCUUCUUUGGCGAUUCACUGCUGUUUCGUCCGUAUGUCAUCUUUUUAUCAUUGCUUGUGACCGCUACUUUAUUAUUUUACAUUCUAUGAAAUACCCUUCAAUCGCAACAAAAACCCGUGCCACAUGCGUGAUAGCGGUAAUUUGGUUAGUGGCAUUAGCGUCUUCAUCCAUUCAGUUUGCUUGGUACAAAUGGAACAACGACCUAAAAGAACCCAAGGAAGACACAAUUCAGAUUGACAAAAUUUAUCUUUUAUUGCUGAUCAUAGUGUUCUUUUUUUUGCCUUUACUGCUGAUGUUCUACAUUUACAGCUGCAUCUUACUUGUUUCUUUUCGACACAUCUUCGCCUUUCGUAGACGUCGUAAAAAUCUCGACCAACCAGUGCCCUCUAUUGCUCACGAUUUACGUGGAACCUUUAUUUUAUUUUUUAUGAUGCUAAUAUUCAUCGGUUGCUGGCUGCCGUUUUUUCUUCUUAUUCUUGAAGAUCACAUUCUGGAGACUUUCUUUUAUAUCGUACCAGGAUGGGGUUUAUGCGUAAUCCUUUAUCUCCGAUUCAUUCCCCCAAUGGCAAAUCCCAUUCUAUGCGCGUUUUGUAAGCAAGAUUAUCGCCGUGCCUGGCGUGGUUUAACGCGACGGCAACAAUGGCUCAGCCUGAAUCUUCGUUUUUUCAAAUUUCCUUCCGUCUCUGAAACACGCGACAGAACAUGUGACAGAACCCCAACUUCAGUCACACUCGCCGAAAAAACAAACAACAGCGGUGAUAGCCUAACUGGUUCAGUGAAUAUGCUUGCUUUGGAAGUUUAUUGACAACGGUUGCUGAUGUAUGUGUUAAUCUUAGAUCAGCCUAAAAGGAACCAGUCAUUUCAUCUCAAAGCAGCUGGUUAAAAAAUCGGUGAACUUGAAAGGACAGUUCAUUUAAAGACUAUUGGGCAAUAGGUGGGUGACUUUCCUUAAACCCUUUAAAUCAAGAGCUGAUCGUAAAUUCUCCCUUCUAACUGCUACACAUUUCCUUUUAAAUUAGUUACAAGAAUUUGGUGUUAGGUCAA